AUGGUAGUCCCCGAACACGUUUACUCGGCCGCGGUCAAUGGCGACUUGAAUGUACUGCGCGAGUACUUCGCCUCGGGCGACCGCGACCCGAACGACACGCUAGAGCGAAACGGCCGGACGCUCCUCGACGGCGUGUGCGCGGGAAGUUUGCGUCACGCGGUGAUCUCUCCACCGGGAUACCCGGUCCAGACGACAGAGGAGUACGCCAUCAAGUGCGAGGCGGUUUCGUUCCUGCUUUCCCAAGGCGCCUCCGUCGAUUUUCAAGAUCCCAGCGGGACGUGGCAUCGUCCGCUCGUCAUUGCCGCAGCCACGUGUGCUGAGUAUGGAUGCAAUGGUGUCGAGCCCAUGGCUCUGCUCAUCGACGCCGGCGCGGACGUCAAUGCAGACCCGGGAGUCGGGGCCGCGGAAGGCUUCACCGCAAUCAUGCAAGCGAUCGUCGAAAAUGACAUAGACGUGCUCAAGUUCUUGCUAAGCCGCGGCGCGAGGCUCGACGCCGGUAUCGAAACUCGGCGGGCCCGCGCCCUUAGUCAAUGUCGGCUCCAUGGAGUCGGUCGCGCCGCAACUCGCCGGGAGGUGGACGAGCAGACGCUCGAAGAUUGGUGCCGCUUAAUCAUCGAGACACAGGCCGGGUAUGAUGUUCAGAUUGAGCGAUACCGGCGGGCGCCGAUGAUCAAGUUCUUGGGCGACUUCCGGGCGGCCGGCGGGACCGUGAAGAAAUUUUUCUGGGCGCCCCGCGCGGACCUGUGCAUGCUGCGAAUCCUGUGCGAACAGGGUCGCGCGUCGCCGCGGCUCGGGCAGAUCGGCGAGCGCAUGGCCUUUCCGCGCAUUGUCGAUCGCGAGGAGCACGACCUCCUCGUCCGCGUCUUCGCCUGGGCGCCGGCGCACCGGACGGACGCGCGCCGCCGGACGCGUUCCGCGCAAGUCCACGCCACCGCGUCGCAGAGCCCGCUCCCGCGCGACGUCUUCAAGCUGGUGAUCUCGUUCUGGGCUCCCAGUCGUGAGGUUUGGUGGAACGGCGGUUAUGGUUCCUUCUGCAAGUACAACUCUCGCUGGAUUGGCUAG